AUGCCUGGACACGCUACAGGCCAAGGCGGCAAGAAUGCCAUGACCAAAGAAGCAGCUUCGAACAUACAAUCUUCUCAGGCAAAGGCCGGCCAUGACACUGGUAAAGGCAGCUUCUCCGCUCGUGCGCAAUCAGCUGGCGCUCGAAACGCCAACGCAAACGUUCACACGGGUUCCGCCGGAGGUGCUGGUUCCACUGGACAUAGUGGCGGAGCGGGAGGUCACGCUCAGCGCUGAGAUGGCGGGCUGAACCUGCUACAGAAAUGAGCGAGUAACUUGGCGAAAAAAUUGAAGGAAAACGCAUGUGUAAGGGGGGCGACACGCUAUCGAUGACUG